AUGGAGAAAAAAAAUAUGAGUCUGAAACCUCUUGGAAUAAUAUCAAAGAAUUUAGAUGAAGGAGAAGCAAUGUUACUAAGUCCAUCUUCUCGAAUGUUUCAUGAGCCUAACUACAAUGUUUACGUCUUAGCCAUUAUGGGCUGGAAAGUACCAAUUAACGUUGAUUCCAUCAAAACUGAACUACAAAGCAAAAUGCUUAAACACCCACGCUUUUCAAGUUUACAGGUUAUGGAUGAGAGUGAUGGUGGCGGAAAUAUGAGAUGGAUUCCAACGACAGUGAACAUAGAUGAUCAUGUCAUAGUUCCCCAGCUUGCUGAUAAUAAUAUGGACAAGGACGAAUUGGUUGAAGAUUAUAUAUCAAACCUAAGUACAACAAAUGUUGACAUGUCGAAACCUCUAUGGGAUUUUCAUAUUCUUAACGUGAAAACAUCUCAUGCUGAAGCAACUUCUGUUUUCCGUAUUCAUCAUUCUAUUGGAGAUGGAGUUGCCCUCAUGUCCCUCUUACUCUCUUGUUUUCGGACAACUUCCGAUCCCACUUGUCUCCCCAAACUCCCUGUUUUUUCUUCCUCUAAGAGCAAACCAACCAAAAAUAGGAAAAAGAAUUUGUGGCAGUACUACCUCGUAAAGUUGUGGUUCUUCAUCCAACUUUUGUUCAAUACAAUUGCUGAUGUUUUGUUAUUUAUAGCAACUGCGCUCUUCUUGAAGGACUCUCAAACACCUUUUACAACUACACAAGGAUUCAACGCGUCUGCUCGUCAGAGAUAUAUAUAUCGGACCGUUAGCUUGGACGACAUUAAAUUUAUAAAGGAUGUUACAAACGCUAAGGUUAAUGACGUUGUACUGGGGAUAACACAAGCAGCAUUGUCUCGUUAUAUCCAUCGAAGAUACGGCAAGGGAAAGUUUUGUCUAGAAGGAAUGAGAUGCAGAGCCAAUGUUAUAGUGAAUUUGAGACCAGCUUUAGGGGUCCAAGCUAUAGCUGAAAUGAUUGAGAAGAAUGUUGCAGUGAUACAAGGAAAUUGCUUUGGUUUUGUCUUAAUUCCGUUAAGUAUAGGCCAAUCAGAAAAUCCUCUUGAUUAUGUUUACAAAGCUAAAACAUCAAUGGAUCGAAAGAAGCAUUCCCUUGAGUCUCAAUGCACCUUUUAUGCUUCACAACUUUUCCUCAACUUGUUUGGCUUUAAGAGUGCGGCAAAACUUACUCAAAGAGUUACCUCCCAAACAACAGUAGCCCUUUCAAACGUAGUUGGUCCGCGUGAAGAAAUUUCUUGCGCAGGCCAUCCAUUGGAAUUCGUUGCCCCAACAUGCUCUGGCUAUCCCACUGGGAUAAUGGUUCACGUGUGUAGCUAUGCCAACAAAUUGACAUUUACUAUAGCAGUUGAUGAAGGAAUAAUUCCAGAUCUGAAGCAGCUAGGUGAUGAUUUCAUCCAGUCAUUCAUGCUUAUUAAAGAGGCCGCUGCUCAUCACACAAAAUUGGCAACCAAACUUGACUGA